AUGGACCGCUAUGAAAUCGUAAGACCAGCUGGACAAGGAGCAUACGGUAUCGUACUGCGGGCCAGGAUCAAGGAGAGCGGGAAAACGGUCGCCAUAAAGAAGAUGACGGUUACAUCGCGGAAUCGCUUGCAAAUAUUACGCGAGCUUUGUGCUUGGUUGGAUGUCUUCUGCUCUCGCGACUCGCUAUCACUGGUCACUGAAUUCGUGCCUUAUCACCUGAACGACAUCAUCACCGACCCCAGACGUCCUCAAGAUGAGGGAUUUCUGAGGCACUUCUUCAUACAGAUCAUCCAAGGAGUGAAGCAUAUGCACUCAGUUGGUAUAAUGCAUCGGAAUAGCUCAUCUGAUGAAAAGAGGUUACUGAUUCAUGUAUCCGAGAUGCAAUAUUUGAACGGAAGGAUCACCAAAACACGCAGAAGCCAUGAGAAACUAAUCUCGUACACGGAUCUAUAG